UAACCGUUGGAAACUCACAUGAUGAGCUAUUGCUUUAGAUCAAAAUAUAAUUUUUUAAAGGUGUGAAAUUGAAUUUUAGAAAAUGGGGGCUUCUGCUGUUCCCUUCGUUAUUAUGACUCUAUUUUGGUUUCUGAUUGGAGGUAUUUUACCGUGGUUUGUUCCGAAAGGUGUUAACCGAGGGGUUAUUCAAACAAUGCUAGUAUUAACAGCAGUUUGUUGCUAUUUAUUUUGGCUGUGUUGUUACAUGGCACAGAUGAAUCCCCUUAUUGGCCCUCAGCUACCAACAGCUACUUUGGCAGUUAUGAAGGAAGUUUGGAAAUAGUAUUUAUUUCGUUGUGUCAUAUAUCAGCAAUAACCAAGAUCUUUAUUUGAUAGUAAAAUGAGAUAUAAAAAGGUUUAUGAGUGUGACUUUUUUCAUUGUAAAUACUAAAACCAUUCCAAUGUAUGUUGUUUAUAUAUAUAUGGAAACAGAUUGAUAUUGUUUAAUAUAUUUAUUAAGAAAUUUUGUUUGUUGUGUAAAUUAUUAUAGUGGCAGUAAUUAAAAAAAAAUGUUUAUUA